UCUUGGAGUCUUUAUUGUUAAAAAUGAAUGCGGACGAAUUUCGAAAACAUGGCAAAGAAAUGGUGGAUUAUAUCGCGGACUACUACGAGAAUAUACGAGAUCGUGACGUCAUGCAUCGCGUCAGACCAGGGUAUCUGACGUCAUUGAUGAGAGAGGAAGCACCGGAGGCACCAGAGACGUGGGAAGACAUAUUUAAGGAUGUAGAGGACAUCGUGAUGCCUGGGGUCACCCACUGGCAUAGUCCCCGUUUCCAUGGUUACUUUGCUGCCGGAAGUUCCUAUCCGUCCAUCUUGGGUGACAUGCUGGGAGACGCAAUUGGUUGUAUUGGUUUCUCGUGGGCGGCCAGCCCCGCAUGCACGGAGGUAGAGAUGGUGACAACUGACUGGUUGGGGAAGAUGCUGAACCUGCCGGAGGAGUUUUUGCAUCAGCGAGACGGGCCCGGUGGCGGUGUCAUACAGUCGACGGCGAGUGAGACAGUGUUUCUGUGUCUGUUAGCUGCUAGGACCAAAUAUGUCAAACGCCUGAAAGAACAAGAUCCGAACCUCCGAAACGUGGACGUUAUUUCAAAACUGAUUGGCUACACAUCUGAUCAGGCCAACUCAUCUGUCCAUCGGUCGGGGCUUCUGGGUGAGGUGAAGAUGAGGAAGCUGGCGACGGAUGACAACUACAGUCUGAGGGGGGACACGCUGAGGGCGGCCAUACAGGAGGACAAGAAACAAGGACUGUUGCCGUUCUUUGUGUGCGCCUCCUUAGGAACCACUGGAACGUGUGCUUUCGACAACCUUGAAGAAAUUGGUCCAAUAUGUGAGGAGGAGGGUAUAUGGCUACACAUCGAUGCUGCUUAUGCCGGAAGUGCCUUUGUUUGUCCUGAGUUCCGGUCAUACAUGAAGGGUGUCGAGUACGCCGAAACAUUCAGCAUGAACCCUCAUAAAUGGCUGUUGUGCAACUUUGACCUGUCAGUCAUGUGGAUCAAGGACAGGAAGCUGCUGGUGGACGCCUUCAACGUCGACCCGGUAUACCUUAAACACCAAGACCAGGACAAGGUGCCCGACUACAGGCAUUGGCAGAUUCCGCUUGGCAGACGGUUCCGAUCCCUCAAACUCUGGUUCGUCCUCAGGUCCUAUGGCGUUUCUGGUAUUCAGCAAUACAUAAGAAAGCAUGUGCGUCUUGCGAAGGAGCUUGAGAGUAUGGUGGGCAAAGACGACCGCUUUGAGAUUGUAGCAGAAGUUAUCAUGGGUUUAGUCUGCUUUCGUUUAAAGGGGCCAAAUCGACUGACUGAACUCCUUCAUGAUGAGGUACUGACAGACGGCCGGAUAUACAUCAUUCCCGCCAUCGCGAGAGACAUCUACUUCCUGCGCGUGGCUGUAUGCGCACAGGCAACUACUUCCGAUGAUAUACGAUUCACGUUCAACGUGUUCUUGGAGUGUACAGAACGUGCUCUGGGCAAAUUUAGGGAACACAACGGCGUGGACUACACACCUGGGAUCGACAUAGACGGACCUUUACCUAAAUAUGUCACCCCGACCACCACCGAUGUUGAUGUCAAUCAUAAUUCCAACAAGGUGUAG